AUGGCUGCUUAUUUUCAGUGUUUCUGGGGUCUAUUUCUCUCACGGUCGAUUUAUUUUGUUCAAUCAACGUCAGCUCCACAAGUCUAUAUAGUAUAUUUGGGACUCAACCAUAUUAGCGAUCCCGGCCUCACAUUUCGUUACCACCUUCAACUUCUAUCUACUGUGUUCACAUGUGAAAAAGAUGCGGAACGUUCGAUUCUCUAUAGCUACAAGUAUGGUCUCUCAGGGUUUUCAGCAAUGCUCAAUCCAACCCAAGCAGCCACACUAGCUAAUAUGCAAGAAGUGGUGUCAGUUUUCAGGAGCCAGUCAUCACAGUCACACACAACAAGAAGCUGGGACUUCUUGGACCUUACGUUGGACAAUAGUGAAGUGACUCCAUUGCAGCUAAUUUAUGGCGAAGACAUCAUUGUUGGGGUAUUCGACACAGGCGUAUGGCCAGAAUCUGAAAGUUUCGAGGAAGAUCCAAGCAUCGGUCCUAUUCCAUCAACUUGGAAGGGGGAGUGUGUUGAGGGGGAGAGGUUCGACCCUGCAACAGCAUGCAGCAACAAGUUAAUUGGUGCUCGUUACUACCUGAAAGGUUUUGAACAAGAAUAUGGACCACUUAAUACAACAGAGAACUUUGAGUAUCAAUCACCUCGGGAUUUUGUUGGCCAUGGAACACACACAGCUUCAACAGCAGUAGGGUCCGUAGUGGAAGAUGCAAGUUUCUUUGACUUAGGAAAGGGCACUGCCAGGGGUGGUGCUCCAAGGGCACGUUUGGCGGUUUACAAAGUAUGCUGGAACAUAGAAUAUUAUGGAAGGUGCUCAGAAGCAGAUAUAAUGGCAGCUUUUGAUGACGCUUUGCAUGAUGGAGUUCACAUUAUCUCGGCCUCCUUUGGUCCAAUUCCGCCACUGGCUCCCUUCUUCAAAGACAGCUCAAGUAUUGGUUCGUUCCAUGCCAUGCAGCUCGGUGUAACAGUUGUAUUCUCCGCUGGAAACUAUGAUGUGUCACCCGAACCAUAUCUUGUUGGAAAUGUUGAACCAUGGUCCAUUUGCGUUGCCGCUUCAUCAGUUGAUAGAAUAUUCCCCACAAAAAUAAUCAUUGGUGAUAAUCUUUACACGGGAGAAAGCUUAAUUACCACACAAAUAAAGGCAAAAUUGGCAGAUGCAAGCACAUACUUUUACAAUGGGAUCUGCAAGAUAGACUAUAUUAAGCCAUCAAAAUCAGGUGCAGGAAGGAUUGUGCUCUGCUUCUCUACAAUAGGACCAACAUUAAGUCUAGAAGCAGCUACAGCAGCGAAGGCAGUGAAUGCAACGGGAUUGAUCUUUGUGGAACCUAUGUCAAGGCAAUUACCUGAUAUUGAUGUAGUUCCUACAGUCCUUGUCAAUUUGGAAGAAGGGACUAAAAUUAAGUAUUUUCUUGCUGAAUCUCCCAGGCUCCCAAAAGUGCAGAUAGAACCAAGUAAAACAGUCAUUGGCAAGGCACCUGCGCCCACAAUUGCAUAUUUUUCGUCUAGAGGGCCAAGCUCAAUAACACCCGACAUUCUCAAGCCAGACAUUAGUGCUCCAGGAGUAAACAUUUUAGCAGCAUGGCCUCCCGAAACUCCACCGUCGUCAUCAUCCAGCGACGGACGUUCUGUGAGAUGGAAUUUUCAGUCAGGAACAUCAAUGGCAUGCCCUCAUGUAGCCGGUGUUGCAGCGCUUAUCAAAUCAGCACAUCCAAACUGGUCUCCUGCUGCCAUUAGGUCUGCUCUCAUGACAACAGCAAAUACUCUGGAUACAACCAUGGACAGUAUUCUUGCUGGUGGAUCAAUGAAAGUAGCGGAUAACUUCGACAUGGGUGCUGGCAACUUAGACCCUACAAAAGCAGUUGAUCCAGGACUAGUCUACGACAUAAAAUCUACUGAUUAUAUUAUUUUCCUAUGCAAUAUGGGCUUUACACGAGAGAAGAUAAACAAGAUCAUUAGUCUUCCCUCUCCAGAUCCUGUUGAGACAAGCUGCAAACACUUAGUAGCCAAAACCAAUGCCAUUCUGAACUACCCAUCGAUCACAAUCUCGAACCUCAAGUCCACAAUAACAAUGAAAAGGACUGUUCGUAAUGUGGGUCGAAACAAAAAUGUCAUAUAUUUUGUUAGCAUCAUCGAACCCUGUGGAGUGGAGGUUGUGAUAUGGCCAAAGAUCCUAAUAUUCUCAUGGUUCAAGCAAGAAAACUCAUACUAUCUGACAUUAAAGCCCAUAAAGAAAUCCCAGGGGAGGUAUGAUUUCGGAGAGAUAGUUUGGUCAGACGGCUUCCAUUAUGUUAGGAGUCCAUUGUCUGUACGUAUCAACAAUACUUCUGGUUCUGGUUCUGGUUCUGGUUCUGAUGGAUCCAACUAA